UUGCUCCCGUCAAUCUCAAUUUUCCCUCUCUCCUCCCUCGCCCCUCGACGUCGUCUUCUCUAACUCUUUUUAUUCCCUUCUUUCAAAACCCUACCGCCUCCCCCCUUUCUCUACGCUCCUUCUCAUCGGAUCGCCAUGUCAAGCGCCGAGGACUCCGUCAAGCUCCCACCGCCACUGCUCCGCCGUUCCCACAUCGCCCUCCCGCCCUCCUCUCCCGCCGCGGCGGCCGCCAACCGCCGCUUCGCCUGCCCCUCCACCUCCGUAGAUCGCCCUCACCUGUUCCUCGGCCGAUCUCCACCAGGAGCCGCGGAAAACGAUAAGAUCCCUCCUCCCGACACGCCCAACAAAAAGGAAAUGCAUGAGGCAGAAAAGAAAGACAUUCAGAGUGCUGAUGGAGCAAUCAAUCAGGCACUUAAGGAGGAAUUUAAUGGUAGUACAAUUCCAACUGGGUUGGGAAUUGCUAUUAAACGGCAAAGGAAAACCAAGCUAAAGAGUAAACAUCUUGAGCUGCAUACUUCAGGAUCAACUGAUGGUACCCAUUUAAAUCCUUUAGCUUCUAACAGCUGUCGUUAUGAUAGUUCUCUAGGCUUGCUAACAAAGAAAUUCAUUGAUCUGCUACAUAAAGCCAAGGAUGGGAGUCUUGAUUUGAACACUGCUGCAGAAACAUUGGAGGUUCAGAAGAGGAGGAUUUAUGACAUAACUAAUGUUCUUGAAGGAGUAGGAUUGAUUGAAAAGACUUUCAAGAAUAAAAUACGCUGGAAGGGAAUCGAUAUGUCAAGGCCAAAAGAAUUGGAUGAUCAAAUUGCUCGGUUGAAGGCUGAAGUCAAAGCUCUAUAUUCAGAAGAUUGCAGACUGGAUGAGAUGAUAAGAGAAAUACAAGAGAGUCUGUGGGUCUUCACUGAAGAUGAAAACCACAAAAAAGGGCUCUAUCUCACCAAAGAAGACAUUACCAGCAUUCCUUGCCUCCAGGAUGCUGUCCUUAUUGCAAUAAAAGCUCCGCAUGGGACAAGCGUCGAAGUUCCAGAUCCUGAUGAGGGCAUAGAUUUUCCACAAAGGCGGUAUCAAAUUUUCUUGAGAAGUUCAAUAGGUCCAAUUAAUUGUUUCCUAAUUAGUAAUCACAUGGACAGAAUUGGUGCUUCAAAUCAUAGCCCACAGGAAGCAGCAACAGAUUCGUGCAUUCAGAGUAGUUCCAGUAAUAAUGGUAUAUCUCUACAGCCCACAGAACAAGAUGCUGGUCAGGGAUAUGAGCUUGAAGACCCAGUUCCACCCAGGAUCCUCUUAGAUUCAAUAAUCUCCAAUGAUUGCAUGGGUGGCAUAGUAAAGAUUGUACCAUCAGAUGUUGAUAUAGAGGCUGAUUACUGGCUUUUUUCAGAUCUUAGAUCUAGCAUUACAGAUGCAUGGAGGACUGAAUGUAUCCUUGAACUAAAUAGGACUCAGUCCUGUAUUUUUCUCUUUCUAAUGCAGAUAUACUGACAUAAGAAACUAUUAUUGCUGGCACAAUGUUGUUAUGAAUAAUGCGAACAGGAUUUCCUCUAGAUCAUCCUUACACUAUCUUAAAGGUCCGCUACUGUCUCCAGAUCCAAAAAAGCAGAUUGGAGACUUGGGGGCUGCUCUCUUGUGCAUGGAUGGGGGGAUGGCUUGCCUGUUUGUAUAGAGCAUCAAAGAUGGUGAAUCAAGGGGGAAACCCAAUGUCUUCUAUAAUGCUUAACAUCUUUCUUUUUUAUUACGAACAUUGUAGCUUUGUAUAUCUCAUAUGAUUCUUCCUAUUAAUUUUACAUUACUAACCGAAUAAAAAAUCCAUAGUUGUUUUAGCAGUUGUCUGAUAUCUUUCAGUUCGAUUGGAUAUUUACAAUUUCCAAUGCCACGGAAGAAUUAUAUGCCUUGCA